ACCUUCUUGUCUCAGCAGCGCUGGGAGCAAACAGUUCAUCCAUCACGGGAGCGACUCACGAAGAAAAUUCGUUCUCGCGUGUGCAGUGCGUGUGUGCGGACUUGGUCGAAUUUUCUUGUAAAAGAAAAUUCAAUUACCCUCGUUUUUGUUUUCAUUUAAUCCUCUGCUCGUUGGUAUCUUUUCCGUUCGCAAGCGUCGUAAAUAAAGUUUUGUCCGGUCAAGAUGAUGUCCUUACCGGGAAGUAUUGCCUUCGACGAGUAUGGCAGACCGUUCAUUAUUCUGCGUGACCAGGAGAACCAAAGCCGACUCACCGGGAACGAUGCUAUCAAGAGUCACAUUAUGGCCGCAAAGCAAAUUGCUACGACCAUUCGAACAUCGCUCGGGCCCAAGGGAUUGGACAAGAUGAUGGUCAGUGGCGAUGGUGAGGUAACGGUGACCAAUGAUGGAGCCACGAUUCUGAAGCUGAUGGAUGUUGAUCACGAGAUUGGCAAACUGAUGGUCCAGCUGAGCCAAUCGCAGGACGAUGAAAUCGGAGAUGGAACGACGGGAGUUGUGGUGCUGGCCGGUGCUUUGCUGGAACAGGCCGAAACUCUGCUGGAUCGUGGAAUCCAUCCGAUUCGUAUUGCCGAUGGGUUCGAGCUUGCGGCACAAUGUGCUAUCAAACACCUGGAUACGAUUGCCGAACCAUUCCCCAUUUCUCGGGACAAUAAGGAACCCCUGAUUCGGGUGGCGAUGACUACCCUGGGUAGCAAAAUCGUGAACAAGUGCCACCGGCAGAUGGCGGAAAUUGCCGUGGAUGCUGUUAUGACUGUGGCCGAUUUGGAGAAGAAGGAUGUCAACUUCGAGUUGAUUAAGCUGGAAUGCAAGGUUGGUGGUCGCAUGGAAGACACUUGCCUGGUGAAGGGUGUGGUUGUGGACAAAACCAUGUCGCACACGCAGAUGCCAAAAACACUGCGUGACGUGAAGCUGGCUAUUCUCACCUGCCCAUUCGAGCCACCGAAGCCAAAGACCAAGCAUAAGCUGGAUGUCACUUCGGCUGAGGAUUAUCGCAAGCUGCGUGAAUACGAACAGGAAAAGUUUUUGGAAAUUGUGAAGCAAGUCAAGGAUGCAGGCGCAACCCUGGCCAUCUGCCAAUGGGGCUUCGAUGACGAGGCUAACCAUCUAUUGCUGCAGCAGGAACUGCCAGCGGUACGUUGGGUCGGAGGACCGGAAAUCGAGCUGAUUGCGAUUGCAACUGGCGGAAGAAUUGUUCCACGAUUUGAAGAGCUUACCUCAGAUAAGCUCGGUUACGCUGGUUUGGUGCGAGAAUUGAGCUUUGGAACCACAAAGGACAAAAUGUUGGUGAUUGAGGAAUGCAAAAACACCCGCGCCGUCACCAUUCUGAUCCGCGGUGGCAACCAGAUGAUCACGGCGGAAGCCAAGCGUUCGAUACACGAUGCGCUGUGCGUGGUACGCUCACUCAUCCAGGAUUCCCGCAUUGUGUACGGUGGAGGUGCCGCUGAAAUCAGCUGCUCCCUGGCUGUGGCACGCGAAGCCGACCAGCUUUCAACUCUGGAACAGUACGCCUUCCGCUCGUUCAGUGUUGCUUUGGAAUCGGUCCCGUUGGCCUUGGCUGAGAACAGCGGCCUCCUGCCGAUUGAAACGCUGUCCGAGCUGAAGUCCCGCCAGGUUGCUGAGAACGCUUCCACACUGGGUGUGGAUUGCAUGCUCAGUGGAAACUCGGACAUGAAGGAUCAUCACGUGAUCGAAUCACUGCACUCGAAGAAACAGCAAAUUAUUCUGGCCACUCAGCUGGUGAAAAUGAUCCUCAAGAUCGACGAUGUUAGAUCUCCGGCCGAUAAGUAAUAUGUAAUCUUUAGCGUGUACUUUUAAUGGCUUCAUUUUGCUUUUCGUUCGUUCUUGCAUAAAUUGUAUCGCCGUUCCAUUUUUGCGAACGGAACAUUUCAAUUCAAUUAAUUGUGUUAAUCUUCUCUUUCAUGCACUCAUGUCUCCGCUAACAAUAAUAACGAAGGAAUAGUAUGUAAAAGGCAUUUCUCCCGUUUGGUUCCAUUUUUACACUCCGGUGUAUAGAUCUUCAGACGGAGGAUGGAGUAAUCAGUAAUAAAACUCACAAUAAUACACUACAUUUAAA